GCGACUUUUGAAAUGUUGGUUCAGGUGUUGUCACCGGAGCACUGUUGUGAGAGUUAAACAAAUAACUUGUCGUGCCAUUUUUAAUCAGAACGGGGAUGGACUUCACAGAGUGCUACGGAGGAACCGUUUCUAGGGUUGCUGCUGCAGCUCGUUCAGGCAGCAGGAAGCGGGUGAGGAGGCUGAUAAGGAGAGGCUUUAGUGUGGACUGUCGGGACAACCGCGGCUGGAACGCCCUGCAUGAGGCAGCAGCCGCUGGCAGCACCGAGUGCGUGCAGGAACUUUUGUCUGCUGCCGGCGCAGCAGGAUCUUCCCAUGGCUGCCGUGCCUAUGUGAACACUUUGACACAUGAGGGGGAAUCUGCAUGUUACCUGGCAGCACAGCGUGGACACCUGGCAGUGGUCCGACUUCUCCUGAAGGCACAUGCUAACAUUGAUCAGCUAACUAAUGACUUGUCCUGUCCUCUGUAUGCAGCUGUAGAUGGUGGGCACAAGGAAAUUGUGGAACUGCUGGUUAGUAAAGGUGCAGAGGUCAAUAGAAAACACACCUCAUCUUGGUGGACCUGCCUCCAUCAAGCUGUUUAUAAGGGUUACAGUGAAAUUGUGCGGAUACUCGUUAAUGUGUGCAACCUGGAGGCACUAGAUGACCACAAGAUCUCCCCUCUCUUUGUGGCUGCACAGUAUGGACAGCAGGAAUGCCUAGAAAUCCUUGUUAAUGCUGGUGCCAAUGUGAACAUCCAGGCAGCUGAUUUGGCCACACCACUGCUGAUUGCCUCUCAAGAGGGCCACCAGGCGUGUGUGGAUUUCUUGGUGGACCAUGGGGCAGAUCCUAACAUAAACUGCAGUAAUGACUGGCCCCAGCUUCCCAUUCAUGCUGCUGCUGAGUUUGGCCACAUUGGUGUCCUCAGGAGGCUGAUUGCUGUAACAGACUGUGAUUGUGGCCACAUUGAUGGCAUGGUGAGUCCACUGUACGUGGCAAUAUACAGCCGUCAGAGCAAAUGUGUCGAACUGCUCUUAAAGGAAGGUUUUAGCCCAGAUGCCCAAGACUGCACACACACCCUGGGCCUCCGUUCACCACUCUCUCUCGCCUUGUGUCAUACAACCAACAAACCAUUCAGUGAAUCAGUGAGGUUGCUGGUAGCUGCAGGAGCAACUGUGACCGAGGAGAACUGGAUUUAUGCCUUGGCCACUGACAAAACAGACUUGCUGCAGCUGAUACUUGAGCACAGAUGGAUCCCUCGACCAGACACUUUGAUCAAGGACUGUUCUGUACCACAUCAUCAUGGGAAAACUGUGUUGAAGCUGCAGGAACUAAGGGAGCUGCUCUGUGUGGCACUAGACCAAGUACAUUUUGCUGCCUGCUGGCUUCCUCUGCUUCUGAAGGCGGGAUUGGAGCCUUCUCUACUGCUUCAGGCUCACAUGUUGGAACAGGCAGAUAGUGAUGUGUUGAAUUACCUGCUAGAGUUUGUAAACUGGUCAACCCUGGCUGCCCCUUUAAAACAUAUUCUGGAUCAAAGACGAGUCACAAAGACCUGCGAGCCAUGUCAAGAUUUUGACUCCAUUCCCUGUCUUUCUCACCUCUGCCGACUGAAGGUUAGGGCAGUGUUGGGACCAGAUCUACUGAUGAGGACCAAUGUAGUCCAGCAGCUCCCUGUGCCCUCCCCACUUCAUGGCUUCCUUCAAUUCAGAAGCAUCCAAGAAGUUUCCUACAGACACUCAUCACCCCCACCACUUUUAAAUCUAAUACAGGAAUACCACAGUACACACCAACAUAGACAUGUUAUAUAACUAGAUCCAGUUUUCCACUCUGUGUUGCUUUAAGGUUGUUAAAAUCUUCUUAUUUCACACAACUUGAUAGUGUUAAACAGCGCUGUGCAACAGGCACUAAAAAUAAAGUGGGGAUUCUCUUAAAACAAUGCCAUGAAUAGUUUUUAUUUAUCAAUGAACUUGAUACAAGUAAAGAGAAAAAACCCAAAUCAGUCCAUAUUUGGUGUGACGAGCUUGUUAGAGCUCCUCCUGGAAAGUAUAUGAUGUUUACACUGAGUCCAAUUCUCAGACCCAAGAGUCCAAGUUUGUAUGGCUGCACCAUUCCAUCAGACUGAAGUAUUUGCAAUGGUGUGUGUGUGUAGAUGUGUGUGUGUAUCCCCAAACAAGUUGUAUGUGUUCAGUUUAAACAUUGAUCUGUUUGUGAUGUGAAAAUAAAAGCCACUUCGUCUCUCUCUG